AUGAGCUCCAAGCUGGAUUACUUGAAGAAGUACAUGAGCGCGGGGUCCGCCGACCCGACGAAAUCCAAGCCCGACGCCGACGGGAAACGACGGAAGAAGAAGCGCGCGAAGGCGAAGGAGACGGCCGCGGUGCGCAUCAUCGAUGGCGACGUCGGGUUCGGGGAAGACGGCGCGCGCGCGCGAGCGCUAGAGGAGGAGGGACCGACGGUGCUCGACGCGCGCGGACGCGAGGUGAACGCGACGGAGAUGGACGCGACGGAGAUCGAGCGACGGGCGGUGACGUACAUGGGGAUAAAGGAGGACGGAAGCGGAUGGGCGGCGGCGGAGACGGCGCCGAGAAGGCGAAGACACGAUUCUGAUUCAGAGGAGGACGUCGCGUUGGCGGCGGCGAACGUCGGAGCGCGGCGAAGACACGAUAGCGAUAGCGAGGACGAAAAGGUUGACGUCGGCGCGGUUACGGCGACGACGGCGACGCCGAGUGCGAGAGUCGGGGACUCAGAGCUGCAGUACGAUAGCGAUGGGGAUUUGAUUGUUCCGGCUGAGACGGCGGGCGACGGCGAGUUACAAUACGAUAGCGAUGGAGAUUUGAUCUUGCCCUCCGACACCGUGAUGGGGUCGGGAGCGGCGACGGAUGAGCUUCAGUACGAUAGCGAUGGUGAUCUCAUCAUCCCCGAUGAGCCCGCGGGAGGGAAUGUGGGUGAGCUCCAGUACGACAGCGACGGAGACCUGAUUGUUCCGCUUGAGACCUUGAAGCCUCCUGAGGAGGGUGAGAAUGACAAUAAUGUCGUAAAACACAGGGAGAAGAAAGACAAAAUGCACAAAAUGACAGAUGGAACCUCCACCGGGCUCGUAAGCGCGGCUCAGGUGAUCAUGGAGGCGGAGAUGAAGCGCAAGGCGGAGCGAGAGCGCAUGGCGAAAAUGACAGACGAGCAAAGCGGCCGCGGCGCGGCGACGAACUAUAGAGACAAGGCGACGGGUAAGCUCAUGGACAGAGAAGAAAUGAAGCGCCGCGCCGAGGCAACGAAGCCGAAAGAGCGCGAGCGCCCGGUCUGGGCGUCCGGGGUGGAGCAGGCAAGACAGGCAAAGCAGUUCGAGGCUGAUUUGGAGAAGGCCAAGGACGCGCCGUUCGCGCAUGCUGACAUCGACGCCGAGUACGAGGAAGCGCAGCGCGAGGCACUGCGAUUUGGCGACCCCAUGGCGCACCUGAGUCGUAAAAAGCGACAGAAAGAAGCCCUGAACUUGCCCUCUGUUGUCGACGGAUUGGGACUGUCCACCGAGGACCUGAAGAAGUCUGGUUUCUGCAUACCACAGGAGGUACCCGCGCACAGCUGGAUCCGUCGAGGCAUGACCGCGCCGCACAAUCGAUAUGGUAUCAAGCCGGGGCGUCACUGGGACGGAGUCGAUCGCUCGACCGGGUUCGAGAGAAAAAUGUUCCGAAAAAAGAACGAGUUACGCGAGCGCGCCGAGCUAAUGAAUACGGACUUAGAGGAGCACAACGAGUGGUUCUGA